UUCCCCAAAUUUCAAGAACAUUUGUCCCCAAGUCAGCUAUGUCAUGCAAUAUAUAGCAUGAGUAAACUUCAGUGUUUCACAGGCCAAGAAAAAGAUGUGAUACUGCAAAUGGUGGAACAGUUGAGAACAACAAGCAUAAUAAAAGAAAAUCCCAAGCUGUGGCUCAAUAUGGUAUUGGCCCUAGGCUGGAGUGACUUCUCUGAUGAAGGCCUUCUGUCUACAGUGCUUCAGCAGAAUUUUGUAAAUAUCAUGCAAGAGAAUUUCCCAGCGAUGGUGCCAAGCAUUAGGCAGUUGGAAUACGAGGCUAACAUAGCAUUUCCUAAUUUCCAGUUUCCAAAGCCUAAUCUAAGAAAUCUUAAACCACUGAAGACCUCCAAGCCUGAUUCUACGGUAGAAGGUGUGAUAGAAAUGGCUCAUAUUCUGGACCGGAACAUGGAGGAUGAUGUUCAGACAAACAUUCUUACUCCUCAGGGACAUGAAAUUGAUGUGUUGUUGCUGGUUGACAACAAUGGGAAAGUAAUUCCAUUCUCAAGUACUCAAGGAUCCAGUGUUCAGAAGGUUGCCAUCAAAGUUCUAAGAUACCAAAAUACAAUUAAACCUAUAAUGAAGCCCACAGGAGAUGUCAGCAUGUGUUUACGACAUCUCAAGUCUCUAGGAUACAAAGUGGUGGUGAUACCAUACAAUACAUGGGCAACUAAUCCAGGCAACUCUGCCAAAUUAAUGUAUCUGGAAAGAGUCAUUUCAGACAGUAUGAAACAAUAAUUUAAAGACUAUAAUUGUAAUUUAAUUUUGUUGAGAAUAAAUUAUCUUAAUUUUU